AUGGGCUUGAAACAUCCAUUUAAUAAUAAUGCCAAAUUAGCCGGUAGUGACUGGCUGGCGGGGUUUAAAAAACGUAAUCCUCAACUUUCUAUUAGAGCUCCCGAAGCCACAAGCAUAGCACGAGCUGCAGGAUUUAAUAAACCCCAAGUUCAAAAGUUUUUUGACGUUGUACGAUCAGUUUUAGAGAAGAGUAAUAUUCAACCAGAUCAGAUAUAUAACAUUGAUGAGACUGGGAUUAAUUCAGUACCCGUACCCAGAAAAAUUCUAGCUAAAAAAGAAAAAAAGCAUGUUGGGCGGAGAGUGAGCACUGAACGUGGGUUUAAUGUAACUGCAGUUUGUGGGAUUUCAGCUGCAGGAUCCUACGUCUCUCCGUUUUUUCUUUUUCCCCGACAGCGAAUGAACCCAUUCUUUAUGAAAGGAUGUUCGCCAGGUGCAGAUGGCUAUGCAAAUGGUUCUGGAUGGAUGGAUUCCGAUCAUUUCAUCAAGUAUUUAGACCACUUUAUUAACCAUGUGAAACCCGGUCCUGAUAAGCAAAUAUUAUUAAUCCUUGACAAUCACAAUAGUCAUAGGACCCUUGCCGCAAUAAAUAAAGCAAGAGAAAAUAAUAUUAUAAUGGUCUCUCUCCCUCCCCACACCAGUCAUCGCCUGCAACCUCUUGACUGCACUGUGUUUGGGUCUUUAAAACAUCAGUAUCCAAAGGAGUGUGACUUAUGGCACACUAAUAACCCUGGAUCUCGUGUGUCAUUAGAAAUAUUUUCAAAGGCUUUUCUUCAUACUGCCACCUUGGAAAAAGCCAUAAAGGGUUGCGAGGAAUUUAUCCAUUCAAUAAUGAAAUAUUUCCUGACGAAUGUUUUCUGCCAGCUCAAGUUACAGACGUCCCGGUACAGCAAGAAACCGAGAGGCCGAUCGCUGCCGAAAAUGUUUCAGAUGAGGAUGAUAACCAACCUGUGA